CAUUUACUUUAUAUUUUUAUCAAUUUUCAUAAUAAAUUAAAUUUUAUAUAUUUAAGAAAUUUUACGUAGCAUUUCCUUAAAGUGAAUAUUUUCAUUGCAUUGUACGUAAAAGUAUUAAAAAAAGUUAAAAAUAUAUAUUUAGUCACAUUUUUUCCUUUCCAGUUUGUUUACAUGAUAUAGGUUAUUUUGUCACGUUUUUUAUAAUUAUAAUAAUUAUAAAUGGCUCCAGACAGUAUGGAAGUGGAAGCCAACGACAAUACGAAAUAUAAAGAUGGUGUAAACCAAAAUGCCAGACUGAUCGUGAGGAAUAUAUCUUUCAAAGCCACUGAAGAUUUGUUGAAGGAACAUUUCUCUCAGUAUGGCACAGUGGAGGAGGUGAAACUCUUGAGGAAACCAGAUGGCAGACUGGUCGGAUGUGGUUUCGUACAUUACACACAUGUACCCAUGGCUAAUAAAGCCAUCGCUGCCACUAACAAGAAGCCAUUUUUAGAUCGUCCCAUAAAUGUGUCAUGGGCAGUUGCAAAGCACAAGUAUACAAGCCAAGCGAAUGAAAAGGAACAAAGGAAAUUAUUCAACAGCUCAUCAUCAGAAGAUGUAAAACCUAUUGUGAAGAAGGAAGUACCGGAAAGUACACAACUAUCAAAAGAAAAAAACAAAAUGAGGCUCAACAACAAUGCUCGCCUCAUUGUUCGCAAUGUGUCUUUCAAAGCCACAGAAGAAUUGUUGCGAGAACAUUUUGAUCCUUACGGAACGCUGAUAGAGGUGAAAUUGCUGAAGAAACCUGACGGGAAACUGGUCGGCUGUGCUUUUGUACAUUUCAAGAAUGUGCCAAUGGCAAAGAAGGCACUGUUGAGUACAAAUAUGAAACCAUUUUUAGGUCGACCCAUCUCCGUGGACUGGGCUGUAGCUAAAGACAAGUACAUGCAGCACAUAGUGAACCAGCAGCUCGAGAUGCAGGAUGAUGUGAAGAAAGAGGAAUCAGACUCGGAUGACGAUGGUGGACCACCACUGAGUCUGUCUAAUGAUGAUUUGAAGCAAGAAAUCAAAAGCGAGACAGAGGAAGAUUCUGAUGGAGAUGAUAAAAGUUCAGAUGAUGGUAACGAAUCGAAUGAUGAUGAAUCGGAUGCAAGUGACGCCAGUGAUGACGAGGAUGAUGAUGAUGAUGAUAAAGAAAUAGACCAAGAUGAUGGUCAAGAUAUGGAUGAUCAACAAAGUGAAACUAGUAUGGAACCAGUUAAGAAACGCACAAAGUUGAACGACGCCGAGGACGGAUGCACGGUGUUCCUGGUGAACAUACCAUUUUCUGUGGACAACGACCAGCUGAGGCAGUUCGCAGAGCGGAUCGGCCCCGUUCAGUACGCACUUGUCUGCGUGGACAAGAUGACGGAGCAUUCCAAGGGCUCUGGCUUUGUCAAGUUUACGAAUAAGGAAGAUGCGGACAAGUUCCUGUCUCUCCCCGCAGACCAGCUCCGCCUGGAAGGUCAAGUAGUGCAGGUGAAGCCGGCGCUGAAGAAAGAGAACCUGCAGAAGGGCAGCAAGAAACAGCCCAAAGACAACAGGAACUUGUACCUUGUUAAAGAAGGAGUGGUGGUGGCUGGUACUAAGGCGGCGGUGGGCGUGUCAGCUGCUGACAUGGCGAAGCGGCUCGCGUUAGAGCGCAGCAAAACGCAAAUGUUGAAAAAUCUGAACAGAUUCGUGUCUCGCUACCGGCUGGUGGUGUCGAACCUGCCGGCCGGCUGCGACGACGCGCGGCUGCGGCGGCUGUGCGUGCAGGCUGCGGGGCGCCGCGCCACCCUCACCGAGGCCAGGGUCAUGCGGGACCUGCGCGCCGCGCCAGACCGCAGCGGAAAGCACCCAUCGAAGGGCUACGGUUUCGUGAUGUUCACGCGGCACGAGGACGCGCUCACCUGCCUCCGCAAGCUGAACAACAACCCGGACAUAUUCGACGCCAACAAUCGCCCUAUUGUAUCCUUCUCAAUUGAAGAUCGAACAGCUUUGAAUGCAAGAAAGAAACGUCUAGAAAAAUCUAUAGCCAACAAUCCAUUAGCCAAGAACACGGACACGGAAAAUAAAAAAGGUAGAAACAGGAAGCGAAAAAUAGAACAGCCCGAUGAGAGUUAUAUGAAGAAACGAAAGUUUGAUAAGAAAGGUGAAGAUAAUAAUGUAUUUAAUAAAAUGGAAAAUAAUGUUGGAAAAUUUGUUAGGAGGCCAAAAGAUGAUGUUAACGAAUAUACUGGAUUGACCGCUAAAGAAGGAAGUCAACAUAAGAUGAGGAGUAACCACAAACUAAAAACUCAAGCAGAGAUGCAUAGACAAAAUUUGAAAAUCGAAAAGAAGAAAAACAAACGAGCCAUAAGAUUGAAGAUGGCCAUGAAGGAACGAAUAAAAAUGCCAAAACAAAAAAUGAAUAAAACAGGGAAGAAACAUAGAAAGAAAGCCCCGCAUCACAAGACUGGCACAUUAAAUAAUAUAAAAUAAUAAAACAUUUAAUUAUAACAAA